AUGAAGAAUCCUGUGAUGUCGUCCGAGAAGGGCCUGUACGUCUUCGAGAUAGGUUCCGGAACCGGCGGCACCUCUUCCUUCGUCCUGCCGGUGCUAAAUCCGCACAGCUCCAGGUAUGUUUUCAGCGACCUGUCCCAAGCAUUCCUGACCAACGCUCGGGCGCGAUUUUCAAGGUUCUCCUUCAUAGAGUACUCCAUCUUCAAUGGCGACAAGCAUCCUGGUGAUCAGGGCUUCAACAGCCACGAGAUCAGCGCGAUCUUGGCCACAAACGUGAUCCACGCCACGAUGCACUUAGCCUCUACCAUGGCAACGAUCCAUGUGCUGCUGCGGCCGGGUGGACACAUCGUUUUCAACGAGGUGCAGAAUCCAGGAACGCUCAUUGAGGAUCUCACCUACGGCCUGACAGAUGGUUGGUGGAUGUUGACCGACACUGAAAGGAGGGUGACAUAUCCGCUGCUUCGGGUAGCCGAGUGGCAGACCCUCUUCACCCAGUGCGGCUUCAAAAACGUCUGGACCACGCCCGACGAGGGCCACAUCUUCAGCCAGCAAGCCAUUCUGGUGGCGCAGUGCGGAACCUUAGUUAAGCCGACAUAUCUCAGCCCCGAACCCCUUGUUCGAGCAGAUCCGAAUGCGUCCUACUUGAUCACCGGGGCCGUGGGCGGAUUGGGCCUGAUUGCAGCGCUGAUCCUCAUGGAGUGGGGUGCCCGACAUCUCUUCUUCGUCUCACGCCGAGAUAAGGUGCCAGACGAAGCAAUGGUCUACUACGAGCAGAUUGAGAAGUCCAGCGCCCAUAUCCGUCGCGAGAAGUGCAACGUGGCCGACCCCACGCAGAUCGCGCGGCUCUUCGAGGAAACCCCGGAGUGGCCGGCCUGCGCCGGCGUCGUCCAUGCUGCCGGAGUGCUGUCAGAUGGCACCAUCACCAAGCAGACUCGUGCCAAGUACGAGGAGGUGUUUGGCCCGAAGCUCCACGGUUGCUACUACCUGCACUGCAGCAGGGGCUACAGCCUGCAAAAGCUGCAGGUGAACCUUGUGAUGUCAUCCAUGGCUGGCUUUGGUGGCAGUCCGGGCCAGAGCAACCACUCUUGCGGUAACACGGGCAUUGAGAGUGUCGUGGAUUUCGACCGGAAGAUGGGUAUUGCUGGGUCAUCCAUUGCUUGGGGGGCUGUUGCAGAAGUGGGCUACGCAGCCCGACAUUCGCUGGCGAACAACGAGGGGGCUGUCCGCUUCGAGCACGCUUGGGCUGUCCUCGAGGUCCGAAUGUAG